UGCACCAAAAUGAAACGAAAAGAAAGACUCGGGAAUAUAUUCUACAAAAUAAAGUCGUUAACUAAUCACCCAAAUUCCAAUGUAUUCUUCCCUCCAUUUGUUAGUUAAAUAAAUAAUCAAAACACAGCGCACACAACCAAAUUCUGAUAAUGGAGAAGGGAGAGAGAGCAGCAUCAGUUGAUCAGUCAGCGCUCAUAUUCCUGGGCACCGGAUGCUCCUCUGGCGUGCCUAGUGGAAGGUGUUUAAUUCAGCCGUCCGAUCCUCCUUGCCUCGUUUGUUCUAUGUCGUUGAAACUACCACCCUUAAACAACCCGAAUUACAGGUGCAAUACAUCUUUGCUCAUAGAUUAUUGUCAGAUCAAUAAUGAGCAUAACUAUAUAGUAAUUGAUGUGGGCAAAUCAUUUAGGGAGCAAGUACUUCGAUGGUUUACAUUCUAUAAAAUUCCCCGGGUUGAUUCUGUGUUAUUGACGCAUGAGCAUGCUGAUGCAGUCCUUGGUCUCGAUGAUUUACAUUGUGUGAAGCAAUUCCACCAUGAUGUUAGUCCAAUUCCACUUUACGCUACUCAAGAUUGUCUUGAUAGUGUUGUGCUAAGAUUUCCUCACCUAUCGAAGAAAGAGCUUACCAAGCAUGAAGUAACAGGAGAAGUAGCCCAGGUGGAUUGGAGAAUAAUUGAAAACGAUUGUGAAAAACCAUUCAGUGCCUCUGGACUCCAAUUUUAUCCUUUACCAGUGAUGCAUGGGGAGGAUUAUGUUGCUCUGGGUUUCCUGUUUGGUGACAAAUGUAAAGUAGCUUAUAUCUCCGAUGUUUCACGCUUUCCUUCAAGCACAGAAUAUUUUAUCUCUAAGGGCAGAGGACGGGAGCUCGACCUUCUUAUCUUGGAUACCAACAGUAUUAUUGUGAAUGGAAAUCGGAAUACACACUUUUGCUUCCCUGAGACUCUUGAAGCAGUAAAAAGGAUUUCUCCUAAGCGGACAUUGUUGACCGGAAUGAACCAUGCUUAUGACCAUCAUAAGAUUAACGAAUACCUCUUGGAAUGGUCAGAAAGGGAAGGAACUUUUGUUCAGCUUGCUCACGAUGGCCUGAAAAUUCCUUUAGAGCUCUAAUAAGGAAUAUAAAUUUAGAAGUUUCGUCUAUCAGACUUGUCAACCGGGUAAGGUUUGAUGGUAUACAAUUAUGAGUUUGAAUGAUCCAACCUCCAAAUUUGCAUACCUGGACAUCAAGUCUGAUCACUUCAGAAACUAUACAUCAAGCUCCAUCAAGAAUGACGCAAAAGCACCUAAAAAGUAUGCAGAACAGUUAGAUAUGAUGCCGUUAAUAGUAUGGUACUUGUAUUAAGAUUUUGAAUCCUUAAUGAAAUUAUUUUAAGUGUCA